UAAGGGCGUAAUCCAGGUCGUGGAAAAUCGAAAAGUGGAUCUCCUCGCGACUCAAGCUUCUAUGUGUGAAGAAGGCGAUUCUGCAUCUUCCAACUCCUUAACCGUAGAGCAACUCAACAACCUUGUUCUCGAGGCUGUUCCAAAGAAAAAGGGCCGUUAUGUUGGAUUGGCUCGUUCGACCGGAGGGGCUUCUUCUUCUUCUUCAGCUCACUAUCCACUCGUUGAUGAGCUUAUGGAGCAGAUUAAGACCAAGGAUACGGAGAUUGAGUUCCUGAAGCAAGACAAUGCUGAAAUCCGGGUUGAGCUGCAGCAAAACCGAAUGACUAUGGAGGAAAACAAUGUUCUCACCCAGACCUUGUUGCAGAAAUUUAGGACCCGAUUCAGUGAAGACUUUUAG